AUUAGCUGUAUGCUAGCUCAUUAUUUUAUCAGUGUACGUCAAGUCGACUCUACUAUAUAUUUUCUGCAUUUUUCCAUCUGUUUUUUGCGUGUGAAAAAUGUUCACAAAAUCGCUUAAUUUUCUGUAACAGUUUCAGAAUCUAGUGUCAUACACAUCAGUGAGAUAUUCUAAAUUAAAUUUAAGCAGAUAGAAUUAUUUAAAAGAUCGUGUUAAAUCCACAGAUAACUGGAAGAUGCACGACAUGACAUUCUGGUGGGAUGCUUCAUUGCGUCAAUUUAUCUUUCCAGGAUGGAAUGUCGUUUCUCUGGGCGGAUUCCUGGGGGUCUGCCUUCUGCUUGCCUGUCUAGCAAUUUUCUAUGAAGUCCUAAAGGUCCAUCAUAUCUUCAUCCGUCUCCAGAGUCUCCGACAUAGUCAGAUCCAAUCACCCAGGCCCCAAUGUGCACCACCGUCUGGAGAAUCCGAUACCCUACUAACAGAUCCUCCACCUACAGUAGUCUUCGGGUCCCCACAGGCCCGUAAGAUCAUCCAAUUGGCCAAGGAAGCUCUAGUCUUUCUCUUCCACACAACACUUGGGUACUUCCUCAUGCUGGCCGUGAUGAUGUACAAUGGAUUCGUCUUCCUGACCGUGGUGAGCGCCUUGACGCUUGCCUAUUUCUUUCUUGGACACAUCUCCAUGCGUCUGCACAUGGAACAUAUCCGUGCAAGACAUCUCACCGUUACCUGCUCCCACCGAUGCCCUAGUGACCCUCAGGCUUCAGAUACACCACGAGACAUGAGUCCCAGCACAUCUAGAGGCUGCCACAAUGAUAGCAAUCGAUCCAGUAGCUCCGGAAGUCCAUCCAGGAGCAAGAUUCAGGUUGUGGCCGAAGAAAUAGCUAAUCGCAUCUGAACUUUUACAAAGUUCUGACCAAAACAAAUAACCUCAUGUAUAUGCAUAUUUUACAUUUGAUAUAUAUUCUAUUUGACUGUGAAUUUGUUGUGUAGUAAAGGUCUAUGGGAGAAAUAUAUUUUUUCAUCCCAAAAGCUCAAAUUGUGCAUUGUACUUUUAUUAGAGAGUAACGAAAAAAUAAAUGGCGCGCAGAAUCAUCGAAUAAUCGAUGAAUGCUCAACUGAA